AUUUUGCUAAAAAGAAACGUUUUUAUCCAGAAUGUUUCUACGAUAUGAUCAUCUACACAGAUGCGCGUAUCUAAAAGAUUACAAGCAAUAUUAAUAUUCUACAAGUUGAGAAAAUAAUUAAUGCAACAUAAAUCACAUAUAUGCAAUAUAUAUAACUCGUUUGCUUGAAUAAUCUUUUAUAUUUCGAAUUAUUAUAUAUUGACAAUAUUAUUGAUUUUUCUACAUUAAAUUAUAUGCCGUUUGGUAUACAUAAUCUGAUUUGUCAACUAAUUACUCAUUUUAUCCAUUUGUUUAUUUGAGAAAAAAAGCACGCUUUAAAAAUAUAUUUUCUUUUUUUUAGCAACGUUGCUUUAUUGAAAAAAAAUUGUGAUUAAUUUGAUCUGAGUGUUACGAUGAUAUGUGUAAACCAUUGUACAUAUAUUGCUUUAGGCUUAGGCGAUAUAGAAGAAAUGGAAAGGGAUAUAUAAAAGAAAGUUGUCCGUUCGAAGACUUUCGAGUUAUCGGUCUCAUUUUCGAUUCAUUCAAGUUUUAUCCGGCCACGCGAACAGUUCUCUUUAUCCAAAACUUCAGUGAUGUACGAGGAUUAAUGCGUCCCGAAUUUCGUGUCAAGAAAAAACACGAAUUGACACAAUAUUAAUAACAAUCUAAAAUCGACGAAUAUUAUUGUUGGUGAUAUCUAACGAGUUUAUAUUUUAUAUCGUACAUUUUUCAAAUGUGUGGUAUGAAACUUUUGCUUGUAAAGUUAUUAAAGUGAUUAAAGUAGGAAUUAAAAAAAAAAAUUAUUUUACAGAAAAUGAUAAAUUAACAAAUACCAGUUGGUAAAAAAAGAGAUGAUGAAAAGAAUCUCUAGGAGAUGUCAUUCCAUUUCAGUACAAAGAUAAAUCAACUAUGCAUAACAUUUAAUCACUAAUUUAAUUAAAGUGAAUUAAGUGUAUUGGGGCAUUCAUUCGUAUUAAUUAAAGGAAUAUUCCACAUUAUAUACGAAAAUGCAGCUAUCUGUAAUUAUUGUGCUUUUUGCCUUAAUAUUGGAAUUCGUGGAAUUUAGUGAAACCUACAAAAUUAUAAGACCAUAUAAAUUUUACAAUCGCCAUUCAUGGCGACCACCACGAUGGCAUCCGCUUCCAAAACCCCGGAAACACUAUCAUCCCAUAAAAAAACAACCGCCUAAAUAUCACUCUUACGAACCAGACUAUCACAGAUAUGCACCGCAUCAUGAGGAGUCAGUAGAUACAUAUGACGAUGACAAACCUUAUGUCGUAAUCAUACAAUUUCCACAAAAAAACGAAAAGAAGAAGCAUCGCUCCCAUCAGCGUCAACAUAUUUUAGAUUCUCCGCGAGAUAUUGAUUAUAUUGACGACGAUGACGACAAUGAUGAAUUGAAAGUAUAUGAGUUGGAUGACAAAGGAGCGCAAAUAAAAAUAAACCACUAA